AAAGAGUCUGAGUACAGUCAUAUUGCCGGCUAAAGGUUCAUCUCAACGAGGAAUCUGGUCUGGUCCAUUUGUAAAGCAAUCAGCAAGCGGUGCAGAGGAUCAUUUUCAGACGAAGCCAGGAAAAACACCCUUUUAUCUGUGCGCAGCAGCACAUUCAUAUCCACCAAAUUUUAACCCUUACUCCAUGUCAAGCUCUCUGUGGACAUCUUCUUGGCGUACUUGUGAAUUCUGUUCAGUUUUUGUGGACCAUGAACACUGGCAGCCUUUUGAACCAACUAGAGUCACUGCAGUAGAUGAAACUGUAAAGUACAGGAUCUCGGUUACACGUGGGAGUCACGAGUGCAGAGUCACUGGUCUUCGUUGGCAGAGCUUCUGUAACGUUGAAUUGGAAUAUAGUUUGGGAGACUGGGAUCUUUAUAGUGAUUUAUUGGAAAAGAAGGGUUUUGUUCCUUGUGGGCCAUUAAUGGACCUCAGAGUCAUCUCAGGACAACUUGCUGCUGUCCAUCUUCCACACUUCAUCUGUUUAGAUACUCAGCACAGGUGGAGGGAUUUCAGAAUGCUGUGUGCAGAAGACACUGGAGUCUCUUUAGAGGACUGUUUAAUAUCACAAUUCCACGCAGUUCAGUUCUGCCAUACAUUCAUACCGAUGGGAGUUCUGGUCAGUAGUGGGGUUCCUGUGAAAGCCCACUGUGACAUUUUGAUCUACCUCUCUUCCACUGCUCACCAGACCCUUCAUGUGUACCUGAUUCCAGGGGAUGUGAAAAUGAAAGAGUCUGUAGAGAAAAGAGAGAAAGGCAGCGUAAAGAUCUGUACAUGGCCAGAUGUCAGUCUGCAGAUGAAGCAACACUACACUCUCAGCACAUCCUGCUCCUCCCAAAUCACACCUCAGAAGCUGAAGCUGAGAUACACCAGCAAAACCCCAAACUUUUUCAAGGUGAAUAUUAAAGAGGUCACAAAGCACAGCAUUGAUUUGCAAUUAUUGUCUGAAAAGAAGACUGUAGUGCGGCAAGCUUACAUACAAUCAGACAUAAUCCAAGGCCCUGCAGUUUCUGAAUCCUCACCUGCAGUCCUGAAACGGUCAAAAGGAUACGAGACACCGGUGGUUAAGAUCAAAGAAAAAUCGGAGGCGAGGUCAGAAAGAGCUGCUGACCAGAAAAAAGUAAUGGAAGCUUCUGAACAGUUCGGCAAAUGGUGGAAAAGCAGCUGUAGAUCCUGCUCCAGUGUGCAGGAUACAGCUGAAUGGAAACACAUUGAACCUGAAGCUGAUGAAAAUCUACACUACAGGGUCAGCUCGUCUGCUGGGAGGUAUGAAUGUUCAGUAUCUGGUCUCCGCUGGGUCACGGAGGGUGACGUUAGCCUGAAGUAUAAUUUUGCUGACUGGAAGCCGCAUAGUGAAGACCUCAGGAGGAUGCAGUUUGAACCCUGUGGGCCUUUAAUGGACAUCACCGUCAUCUCCGGUCGUAUUGUGGAGGUUCAUCUACCACAUUUUGCCUGUUUAGGGUCGAGCCCCGCUCUAACUGACGUGGUCAGGGUUCUAGACGUGCAGGAUGAUGGAAUGUUCUUGGAGAAGUGUGAGCUGACCCGCUUCCAUGCCAAGCUCCUCCACCCCACCUUCUCACCUAAAGGUUUCCUAAUCAGAAGUGGAUUCCCUGUGAAAGUCCACUGUGAGGUGUUGAUCUACCAAACCUUAACCUCUCUCUUGACCCUUCAUGUGUAUUUGGUGACCUGUGAUCUGAAUUCAAUCCAGGAGGUGGAAAAGAAAGAGAAAGAUGCUGUAAAAAUCCUGAAACCAGGUCCAGAAAGAUCCCUGCCGAUGAAGAGCUGGUACAACAUUGAAACCAAAUUUAAAAGUGAAAACUUUUCUUCCACAAUUAAACCUAAGCGAUUAAAGCUGAGAUAUUCUCCUAUCAAGUACUGUGAGGUGUACACCAAAAACCCAGAUGAUGAUUUUGAACUGCAUCUGAUUAACGAGAGGAAGGAGUCCAUAUGGGAUGGUGUCAUUAGAACAGACGAAUACAGGAGAUCAUCCAGUUUCACAUCCAAUGACAGACAAAGUGGUCCAUCCACAGAAUAUGCUGUUUGGUUUGUGACCACACACAGGAACGCCCUCAUCAAGGGGGUCUCAUUAGUGAACCCUAUUGCAGAUGAUCUGAAUGAACUGAUAGGAGAGGAGAAGUACUCCAUCAUCACAGAAUGUAAAACGCCACAGAAGCAGAUGAGGAAGAUCUACUCCUUCCUGUGUGGAGGGCAGGAGAUAAAGAGGAAGUUCUAUGAGAGUCUGCUAAGGCACGAGCCUCACCUUGUUGCAGAUCUGACCGGAGCAGAUUAGUGCUUGUGUAUGUAAAUAUUCAGCCUUUUAAACUAAGAAGAAAUGCAGCAGAGCACAGUUCACACAGAGAUCAGGCUAUCUUAUAUGUAUAUAUAUAUAGCUUAUAUAUAUAGCUUAUAUAUAUAUAUAUAUAUAUAUAUAUAUAUAUAUAUAUAUCUCAAGUAAUAUAAUACAGGAAAUUGACAAAUCCUGCACCUAACAGCUGGGGUUAUGCAUAGGGCUCAGCCAGGAUCUACUACUCACUCAACUAACAACAAUAGCAAAACCACCACAAUCUGAUACUGGCUCGACAAGGAUCCAGAAGCACAGCCUAACACUAUGUUCAUGGUCCAUUGCCUCAACUGCCAAGUAACAGACCUACCGAAAAAUAACCAAUGAACAAACAGAAUCCCUCCUUAAUCUAAGCUCACUUCCUUAACCUAUGGCAACAACACACUUACCUAAGCACAAUCACACACAAUAAAUGACAUUAUAAGUUGCGUGAGCAGAACAACCACUACCAUCUGAUACUGGCUCGACAAGAAUCCAGAAGCAUAGCGAACUAUGUUCAUGGUCCGUGCCUCAACUGCCAAGUACUCAGACGUCUACAAAACUCAUGAGACAAAUUAUUACAAGAGCAGGACCACACCAAUCCCCUUCAUCCAAACUCUAACACAAACUUCAGUGCAAGCUCUUCUCAGGGGUCAUCAGGCAGGCACCUUCCUUCGUCAGUGUUUCGCUGAAUUAGGCCCACGACACCUCCAGAAGGCUCAACAGUGAAGUCUGGCGUCCCAGACCCACCCCCUUCCAAGCAAACACAAACUCAUUCCCUUCCCCACGUAGCCUCAGCCCUUCUGAACCACAACCACUGACUAGAUCUUUCAGCUACAUCUGACAACUCCUUCACUACUGUCCUCAACACACGACCUCUAAUUCUGAAUUCAGACAGCAGUCUUGUGGCAGACUUCGCAACAAAGCCUCUAGUACCUACCUCCACCAGCCUAAUAUAGGCUUGCCACCCACGCUCUCUUACCUCAGCCACCAAGUCUGUAUACUUCAGCCUUUUCCUUUCAUAAGCUCCAUCUACCUCGUUUUCAAACGGAACAGUCAGCUCUAUAAAAUACACUAUCCGCUUACUUUCAGAGUACAACUAUGGAAGUAAAACAGUGUCACCAGACUUUGAAAUUUAAAAGCACUUGAAUUUUUAGCACUGAAUUAUUUUACAUUGAAUUAUUGCAUGUGUUUUUUUUGCCUCUGAAUUAAACACUUUAAUUUUUCAGUA